AUGGCUAUUUGGAAACACUUCCUCGUUCUAUUUGGUGGAUUUGUUGAUACGGGCGUUCGAACAACAUAUCUGCAAGACCUGUGGGUGUUCGACACAUUGGAAUAUAAGUGGAAGGAGAUCAAGCAAAACGACCUUCGUCGUCCGUCACAUGCUGACGCCAGGGCACGCAGUGGCUUUUCCUUUUUGCCGACCCCUGAAGGAAUCGUGCUCUAUGGCGGUUACUGCAAAAAGUAUGUCAAAGGACAGAGAGCACAAGGUCAAGCGCUGGAGGAUGCGUGGAUGCUGCAUAUGAAUGAGGACUUGACCAAAAUUGAGUGGUCCAAACGCCGCAAGAUUGGCUAUGCGCCCAAUCCUCCACGUUCAGGAUGUACCAUGGCCUUGUGGGGAAACCGAAGUACUGGCGUCCUGUUUGGUGGUGUCACCGAUACGGAAACGGAUGAGGAAUCUAUGGAAAGCAUGUUCUGGAAUGACCUCUAUGGGUACCAGUUGCCUGGAAAUGGGCGGUGGAUUAGCUUGAAUAUGCGCAAGACGAAGAAGCGUGGGUCCAAAUAUGCAGACGCAGAUGGAAGCAAUGAAGAUGUUGAAGAAGACCCAAAUACUGCACUCCCGCUGACACGAUACAAUACCAUGCUGGCCGUUCAGAGGAAUACACUGUUCAUGUGCGUUAUAAAAACACUUACCAAAGCUAUGGUGCGGGAGUACACGCUCGAUGAUUUUUACACCAUCGACCUUUCGAAGAUGAACAAGGUUGUGUGUCUGAAGGAAUGCCCCAUCGACAAGCUCGAGUGGAAUGAGUCUGAGGACGAAGAUGACGAUGAAGAUGACAGGGACGAUGAUAGUGAAGAGAGUGACGAGGAGCUGGAACCUGAGGGUGUCGAAGAUGUGCCCAUGGCGGAGGAACCUGUGGAAGAGGACCUUGCUGGCGUGGCAGACAUUCAGAUCAACGAUGAGGAAACGCUUUCGCCAGAAGAAAAGGCCCGUAUAGAGCAGAUGCUCGCUCUUCGUCGGGAAGCAACAAGCUUCAUGGGCGUAAGCAAAGGAACGAAUCGUACGGAGGAAGAUAUUCUGUCGACACCGGAGCCAGGUGAGGUCUUAAAAACCUUUUAUACCCGCACAAAACACUAUUGGGCUGCAAAAGCCUAUGAAAUGGGGCAGGGCGAGUCGCGAGGCAAGCAACUUCGUCGCGACGGCUUUGAUGUAGGUGACACGUUACUAACCCUAGCUCGCUGA